AUGUCCGAAUAUGCCAAAUUGGUCGAGCAUCUGUCAGCUAAUGACAUUCUAGAUAAAUUUCCUGAGAUCAUCCCUUUGCAAAAGAGACCAAAUUCUAAAUCCAGCGAAUCUUCUAACGAGAAUUCUAAGGAUGCUGUCUUUUCAGGACACGAUGAAGAACAGAUUAAAUUGAUGAAUGAAAAUUGUAUCGUAUUAGAUUGGAAUGACAAUGCAAUCGGUGCUGGAACCAAGAAAUUGUGCCACAUAAUGAAUAACAUUGAACUAGGUUUGUUACAUAGAGCCUUCUCCGUGUUUCUGUUUAAUGAAAGGGGUGAAUUACUAUUACAACAACGUGCCUCCGAGAAGAUUACUUUCCCCAAUCUUUGGACAAAUACUUGUUGUUCUCAUCCAUUAUGUAUCGAUGACGAACUUGGGUUGAGUGGUCAAUUGUCAGAUAAGGUCCAAGGUGCAAAGGUGGCUGCUGUUAGAAAAUUGGAACACGAAUUGGGGAUUCCUGAGGAUGAAACAAGAUCAAAGGGUACAUUCCAUUUUUUAAAUAGAAUUCAUUAUAUGGCUCCAAGUAAUCCACCAUGGGGUGAACAUGAAAUUGAUUAUAUAUUGUUUUACAAAGUCAAUUCUGGUGAAGAAUUGACCGUGGAACCAAAUUUGAAUGAAAUGAGAGCUUUCAAAUGGGUAACACAAACACGAUUGAAGGAAAUGUUCGAUGACCCAAAUUUACAAUUCACACCUUGGUUCAAGAUUAUUUGCAACAGUUACCUUUUUGAAUGGUGGGCCAAGUUGAAUGAUUUAUCAAGUGUAGAAAAUGAUCAAAAGAUACAUAGAAUGCUGUAA